AUGUUUAAUAGAGUUUUUACCAGAUCAUUUGCAUCAAGCUUAAGGGCUGCUGCUUCCAAAGCCACUGCUCCUCCACCGGUGAAAUUAUUCGGUGUCGAGGGCACUUACGCAACAGCUUUAUAUCAGGCCGCUGCAAAGAACUCCUCUAUUGAUGCUGCCUUCCAAUCUUUGCAAAAAGUUGAAACGUCAGUCAAGAAGAAUCCGAAAUUAGGUCACUUAUUACAGAAUCCUGCACUUUCAUUGAAUGAUAGAAAUUCUGUCAUUGAUGCAAUCGUGGAGACUCACAAGAAUUUGGAUGGGUAUGUCGUUAACCUUUUAAAUGUUCUUUCCGAAAAUAACAGAUUGGGAUGUUUUGAGAAGAUUGCAUCCGACUUCGGCGUUUUGAACGACGCUCACAACGGGUUACUUAAAGGUACUGUGACCAGUGCUGAGCCAUUGGAUCCUAAAUCUUUCAAAAGAAUUGAAAAGGCUUUGAGCGCUUCCAAAUUGGUGGGGCAAGGUAAAUCUUUGAAGCUUGAAAACGUGGUUAAGCCAGAGAUUAAGGGUGGUUUGAUUGUAGAACUUGGCGACAAGACUGUUGACUUAAGCAUCUCUACGAAGAUUCAAAAAUUAAAUAAGGUCUUAGAGGACAGCAUUUAA